AUGGAAUCUCAAAAAACGGGGGAAAAUCUCGAUAAAAAUAAACAUAAAAACUCGAUUGAUACUCAGGGAAACUGUUACUGCGGCAAAGACCGGAAUCUCAACAUUGUUGAGCUCCUCUGCGCUUCUUGCAACAGGUGGUUCCACGAGUCAUGUAUUGGAUACCAACUAGGAAAGCUUGUGCCCUUUAUGACCAACUAUUUGUUCAUUUGCAAAAAUUGUUCACCAACUGGGCUGGAAACGUUCAAGAAGAACCAAGCUCCAUUUCCUCAAAUGUGUCUCACUGCGAUUGCCAACCUACGACAAGAGAGUGCAAAAGAUGGAAGCAACAAAGCAUUGUUUAGUAAAGAUAAAGAAAUUAUUCCUUACAUCGACCAAUACUGGGAAGCUAUGACUACUAUGCCAAGGAGGGUAACACAGUCUUGGUACGCUACGGUCCAAAGGGCACUUAUAAAAGAUAUCCAAGUUAUGUUUACCUACGAGGAAGACCCGAGUCAAGGCCCAAUGUAUGGCUUAUUUAAUAUGGAGCUGAAUAAUAUAAAACCCAAUUAUGAAGCUAUGAUAAAGCAGGGACAACUUAAAGUUACUGAUAUGGGAAUUGCAACAAACGACACAACAACGAUUUCUAUCGAUUCCACAUCAUUAUUUCCAUACCGAACCUUGAACUUUAUGGCUGUUCCUCUCGCGGGCAACGUGAAGGGUCGUCAGGGCAAGCGGCGGCCCGCUGUAGGUGCGGAGACUGGAGCCCCGGUCGGCAAGAAGGGGCGCUCCAGCGACCUCAAUUCGCUGAAGUUACCCUCGCACGGUUACCCCACAGAGCACCCCUUCAAUAAGGACGGCUAUCGGUACAUACUCGCCGAGCCAGAUCCUCAUGCGCCGUUCCGACAGGAGUUUGACGAGAGCAACGAAUGGAGCGGUAAGCCGAUACCAGGGUGGCUGUACCGGUCCCUUUGUCCCGGCGGGGUGCUGCUAGCUCUGCACGAUCGGGCGCCGCAGCUGAAAAUUGCUGAAGACCGGCUGGCGGUUACUGGGGAGAAGGGGUAUUGCAUGGUGCGAGCUACUCAUGGUGUAUCAAGGGGGAUCUGGUACUGGGAGGCCAGUGUUGAAGAAAUGCCGGAGGGCGCAGCCAGUCGUGUCGGUUGGGGGCGUCGAUAUGCCAACUUGCAGGCGCCACUGGGCUAUGACAAGUUUGGGUAUUCGUGGCGCAGUCGUAAGGGCACUAGGUUCCAUGAGUCUCGCGGCAAGCACUACAGUAGUGGGUAUGGUGAAGGGGACACGUUAGGAUUUCUCAUUGUAAUGCCAGAAUGCCUCUCGACGAAGUACACACCCAACACUUACAAGGAUCGGCCCCUAGUGAAAUUCAAGAGUCAUCUGUACUACGAAGACAAGGAUAACAUCCAAGAAUCUCUGAAUAAUCUCAAGCCACUUACGGGUAGCCGGAUACUCUUCUUCAAAAAUGGCGAAUGUCAGGGCGAGGCGUUCGUCGAUGUGUAUCAGGGCUGCUACUACCCGUCCGUGUCGUUACAUAAGAACUGCACAGUCAGCGUCAAUUUUGGACCUAAUUUUAAAUGCCCGCCUAUUACGGAUUAUUCAUAUCGUCCGAUGUCAGAAAAAGCGGAAGAAGCAAUUUGCGAACAAACAAUGGCGGAUUUGCUAUAUCUAACCGAGAAUGAAGGGAAGUUAAGAUUGGAUAAUUUCAACCUCUGA